CUUAUUAUUUCUGAAGCUCAAAUUUUAAAGUAUGUUUACAUACAAAUUCUUAAUUAGUUGUCCAAUUUCAAUUGAAGUUAUGAAGAAUUAAUAGAUUUCUUGUAUUUAUGAUUUUGUUUUAGCUUAACAUCUAGUGUAGAAAGUAGUUUUCAAAAAUUUGUAACAAUUCCUGAAGUGUCAAAAAAAAAUUCCAAAGCUUCAGUUUUGAAGUAAGAUUAAUUUAAUUAAAGAAUAAAUAAUUUUACAGUUUAAAUUGAUUUUAGUAUUUGUUCUUUGUGUUUAUAGUUUAGAUUAAUAACUGUUUGAUUUAACCAGCUUGUAAAGAUUUUUAAUAUUUAAAUAUUUAGUUCUUUUUGUUGUUAGAGAUCAGUAUAUGAAAAACUGCUUUAAAUGUAACAUAUCUACUUUGGAUCUUCCUAGUCAUAUGGCACUUGAACAUAAUUGGUCUAUAGCAAGUAGCAAGAGUGUUGUUGGGGUUUUUAACUUGAGAAAACCUUAUAAAAAAAAAUCUUCUCCAUUAAAAUUUAAAAACUAUCAUAAAAAAAAAACAUUUCCAGUUCCAAACUGCUACAAAGUUACAAAAAAUAUUGGUGAACAUCUAAAGAGUAAGGCUCACAAUAUUCAUCCUGGGAAAGAAUAUUACGCACUUUUAAAAAGUGCAAAAAUAUACAAAGGGAUAGAGAUAAGUAAUGAAUCUCCCAGUAAAGCUCUUGAGAUCUAUAAACCAACAGUUUCAUCAAUCAACUCUAAAAAUGUAUCUUCAAAUAAUGACAGUUUUUUAUACAAUCCAACCUCUUCAAAUACAGAAAAACCUCAGCAUUCUAAUAUGGAAAAUCUAACUAUUCCAAUUUCUACAUUGCCUCAACUAAGACCUAGAGUAUCUAAUGUCCCAACUACAUAUUGUUUAAAUGAAGAUUACAAUGAUGUUGGCAAUGAUAAUGGUGACAAUGAUAAUGACUCUGAUUAUGUUUUUUCUGAUACAGAGGAAAUUUCAAAUCAGUCAUCAAAAGUUAAAUUGAACUCAUCCGUUGAAACUUUGCUAUCUGAUUUUUACAAUUUUUACACAGGUCCAGAUAGAGGUCGUAGCUCUAGAUCUCUUGCGAGGGUUAGAGAGGAUGUCAAAAGAAUUUUACUUGCUGUUAAUGCAACAUCAUCUGUUAAUGUACUUUUUGAAAAUGAUACAGAUAUCAUAAGAAAUCAUUAUCUUCAAAAAUAUUGUGUUGAGCGAAAAUUAGAAGCAGGCUCAAUAAAAACUUACUUAAAUUCAUUAAAAGAUUUUUGUUUAUUCCUUUCAGCAUCAAAAAAUAAGCCGCCUAAUCUCUCUGUUGAAGAUAUUUAUAAAACAAUUAUGAACAUAGAAAAUUGGAAAAAAAAAUAUAAAGCUAAAGCUAAUCUACAAAAAUAUAAAAAAGCAGAAGAUGACUAUGAAAUGCUUGUUACACCAGAUCAAAUAAAAAAAUAUGAAAACAGCAAAAAUGCAUUAUUUGCCAAAGAACUGCAAGGCUGUUUAAAAAUUGAUAAUGCUAAACCAUUAUCUCAGUUUGAGUAUUGUUCAUAUAGGGACCAUAUGAUUUAUAUUGUUCAUUUUUGUGGUGCCCACAGAUCUGGUGUUACUGCUCAUAUGAGCAUGGAAGAGUAUGCAAGACACAAAGUUUUGGAUAAUGGCAUUCGAGUGGUAAGUGUUUGGGAUCACAAAACCGUUUCAAAGUAUGGUCCAGCUCGAGUAACACUAAAUCCAUUAGAGUUCGAAUGGUUUGAAAUAUUUGUUAAAUUUAUUAGACCAAAGUUACCAACUAUUAAUUCAGAAAAAGUUUUUUUAUCUUGGUCUGGAAAUGAAAUGUCCCCCGGAGAUAUUAGUGGCAGAUUAAACUCCUUAUGGGAAAAGGCUGGUAUUUUUGAUGGGCGUUGUAUUCCUAAAAAAUUAUCAGCUAACAUAGUUCGGAAAACAACAUCCACUAUGGUAAAUGAUGAAAGUAGUCCAUUUUAUAAACAGAGAGGUAUUGUGGCAGCUUCCAUGGCACAUAGCAAAAAAACUGCAGCGGUCCAUUAUGAAACACAAAAUCAGUUGGACCAAGCUGUUAAAGGAAGCGAUAUAAUAAGAAAAAGUUUUCAAUCUUCACCAUCAAAAUCAAACAUUGAUUUUAUUUCUCAUUCUCCAAUCAAUAAUAAUCAAGAAAGAUUUAAUACUCCAAAAAAAAUAUGGAGUAAUGAAGAGACCUCAUUAUUAAGUUCACUAUUCCCAGAAAAUCAAAAUAUAACAUACAGCCAAGUUAGAUCUUCACUUGCUGAUUCACCAUCCAAUAGUUUUAAAUGUUCUCCAAGACAAGUGUACGAUAAAUUAAAAAGCAUCAAGAGAAAAUGCACUGCCACAGAAAUAGACACAAAGACAAAAAGGCAUUUGAGUUACGAUAGAAAAAGCUGGUCAGCAGAGCAACUAAAUGAUUUAAAAAACCAUGGGAAAGAUCUAAUUUUGGGAGGACCUCUUUCUCGAACUCGAAUAGUCGAUGUUCUUCAAAACAGUAGUUUAUUAGAAAAUUUUACAGUUACCCAAAUUAGAACACGUAUAAACCAUGAAAGAAGUUAAAGUAAUGCAAUGUUUUUUUAGCAGUCAUGAUUAGAAUAUUUUUUUUAUCAGUUUAUAUUUAUGAAUAAAAAAUUUUCAAAAGUUUAGAUAAAAUGGAACCAACUAUUCAGUAAGGUUUAAAAAUAUAAAUCAACUGAGGUUUUUGGGAUCAUUAAAAAGUUACAUUAAUCAUAAAAAUUAAAUUUUUAAAAUACAUAAAUUUUCUUG